CAUAUGCAUAUGACCUUGUUUUUAGAUAAAUAGCUCCCAGGCUUUGGGUAACUUGGUCGUGCACUUUUACAGAACUUUUUUAUAUUUGGUCAUAUCCCGUUAUCGGGCCAGUGUCUAUGCAUAGAGGUUCAUGCCUGGCUUAAAACUGUUUUUAAAGACCGUCAGUCUGUGUAUUAGUGGUUGGGAUUUGUAACUCGUUGUGCAGGUUACAUCGUUACGCCAGCAGGUGGAGAUAAGUGACUGUCUAAAAGUCAUUAAAACAUUAAUUCAACUGAUUCGCAUGGAUUCUAUGAGGACUGAAACGAGUUUGAGGGAAUCAGCAGACGCGCGUGCUUAGGCAGCGCGCGCAGCCAGCCAGAGGAUCACGACUAUAAUGCAGACGAAAUGCUGUGGAGACAGCAACGGUGUGUCUCAGUAGAUACUACUUCAGGAAUAGAGGGUGAACUGUUUGUAUGUCAGGUGGAUUGAGAGUGUCUGAUUAAAAUGUAACUAGUUUAUCAGUCUUCUCUCCACAUCUUCAUUCGUGCACGUCCGCAUUGUCGUCAGUCGAACCCAGCGGUAAUCUGUCCUCCGAGAAAAGAUAGAGUGCCGAAGACAAGAACCCGACAAGAAGCCUAAUUUCCCAGUGGCUGUUUUUUACACUUUUUUUCACACUGUCACACUCCAUCUGCCUCCGUCGCAGCAGCCAAGUCUGUUUCGUAACAACCAGUCGUGUCUGUUUUUCUGAGCUGAACAACGAUUUCUGCAGUUAGCAAAAUACUUCACACUUGCACUGCUUGAUUUGAGGUUCAAAGGACGAGGUGGUGAGACACCUGGAAAAACCAUGAUUUUUGUUUACGGAACAAAUCUGUGAAGAAUAUUUACACCAAAAUGAUUUCCCACUGUAGUUCAAGCAGUCCAACUUAGUGAACUUAUUCAGCUCUGUGUAAUCUAUUGUCAGGUGAAUCCUAUCACCUCGGCAACUGCUUAUUUUUACAGUAUUAUUAUGAGUGAUGACAACUCAGACUCCGCCCCCAGCAAUGAUACAGAUAGAGGAGCAGGAGGGGUCGAGAAAAAGGCAGGGCUUGUAAACCGAUCCUGCGGCAUGAGUGUGAGUUCUCCCUCAUCAAAUCCGGUGAAUAGCGGGACAGGAUCAUCUCCAGGAGGGGUAUCUGAUGCCAAAGGAUCCACAGGUGACAACCGAGAGACAAAUUCUGAUGAUACAGAUGGACUAUCUAGUGGAAAUGACUCUGGGGAGAGGGAAAGUGAGAGAGGGAAUGGAUCCAGAGGCAGACAGUCGAACAGAAGUUAUCAGAGUUCCUUCAGUCAGAAUGGAAAAGACUCAGGCAUGUGUCUGGAGACUACGGAGAGCAACAAGAGCUCAAACUCUCACAGCCCGUCUCCACCCAGCAGCUCUCUGGCUUACAGCCUGUUGAGCGCCAGCUCUGAACAAGACCCGCCAUCCACCAGCGGCUGCAGCAGUAAUCAGUCUGCUCGCGUCCAGACCCAGAAAGAGCUGAUGAGAGCCUUGAAUGAGCUGAAGAUCCGUCUGCCACCGGAGAGAAAGAUGAAGGGACGCUCCAGCACUCUUAACGCCCUCAAAUACGCACUAAGAUGUGUCAGACAAGUCAAAGCCAAUCAGGAGUAUUAUCACCAGUGGAAUGUUGAGGAGUGUCAUGGCUGUAGUCUGGAUCUCUCCACCUUCACUGUUGAAGAACUGGACAAUAUCACCUCCGAAUACACGCUCAAAAAUACAGACACUUUCUCAAUGGCGGUUUCGUUCCUGUCAGGGAAGGUUGUGUACGUAUCCCCACAGGGUUCAUCUCUUCUGCGCAGUAAGCCAGAGAAGCUUCAUGGAGUUUUGUUUUCUGAGCUUUUGGCCCCCCAGGAUGUGAGCACCUUCUACAGCAACACUGCGCCCAGCAAACUACCUCCCUGGGCCUCCUGCAUCGGCUCUGUCUCUCCACCGGUGGACUGCACCCAAGAGAAGUCCAUGUUUUGUCACAUCAGUGGAGACAUCUCAACCAGUGGUGAUGUGAGGUACUACCCGUUCAGACUGACCCCCUACCUGCUCACGCUCCAAGACUCUGAUGCGGCUUACCCUCAACCCUGCUGUUUGCUCAUCGCAGAGAGAGUGCACUCGGGAUAUGAGGCCCCUCGGAUUCCUCCGGAUAAGAGGAUAUUCACCACCAGUCACACCCCCAGCUGUCUCUUUCAGGAGGUGGAUGAGCGGGCAGUUCCUCUGUUGGGGUACCUGCCUCAGGACCUUGUGGGAACCCCAGUCUUGCUGUACAUCCAUCCAGAUGACAGACCCAUUAUGGUGGCCAUCCAUAAGAAGAUUCUUCAGUUUGCAGGGCAGCCGUUUGAUCACGCUCCCUUGCGGAUGUGCGCACAGAAUGGAGAAUAUCUGACCAUUGACACCUCUUGGUCCUCCUUCAUUAACCCCUGGAGCAGGAAAGUGGCCUUCAUUGUUGGCCGGCACAAAGUCAGAACCUCUCCUCUGAAUGAGGACGUCUUUACCCUGCCGAGGGGUCUGGAGGAGCGGACCCUGUCCCCAGACAUAGUUCAGCUCAGUGAGCAUAUCCAUAGGCUCCUGGUGCAGCCCGUCCACAGCGGCAGCUCUCAUGGCUACGGUAGCCUGGCCAGCAAUGGAUCCCACGAGCACCAGCCCAGUGCCGCCUCUUCAUCAGACAGCAGUGGACCGGGUCUGGAGGACCCCUCGCAGCUCCACAAACCUAUGACCUUCCAGCAAAUCUGCAAAGAUGUUCACAUGGUGAAGACCAGCGGACAACAAGUCUUCAUUGAUUCCCGCAACCGACCUCCUCCUAAGAAACAUUCCACAGCAGGUGCCGUGCAAGCAGUUGAAGCAGCAGAGCUGGGCAGCAGUCUCGGUCCUAGUGCUGCUCCACCCUCGAAGAGCUCCGCACCCUCCAUGAUCGUGCAGAAGGAGCCGCCCACCACCUACUCUUAUCAGCAAAUCAACUCCUUGGACAGCAUCGUAAGGUAUCUGGAGAGCUGUAACAUCCCAAAUACGGUGAAGAGGAAGUGUGGCUCUUCCUCCUGCACUGCCUCCUCCACCUCUGAUGAUGACAAACAGCAGGUCACUCCAGGCAAUGCUAAAGGUCCGUCUGUGUCUCUGGUAGAGGAGAGUACAUUGUUACCCCCAAUGGCCAUGCACAGUAAAGCUGAAAGUGUAGCCUCGGUCACCUCUCAAUGCAGUUUCAGCAGCACCAUCGUCCAUGUGGGGGACAAGAAACCUCCUGAGUCAGAUAUCGUAAUGGAGGAAGCCCCACCUACUCCGAAUGCUGCUCAUCCUGCCGCUCAACCCCAAGUUCCUCCCACAACGAUGCCCUCUCUUCCCCUUAGCCCUGCUCUUGAUAGGGAUGCAGGGAGAAGAGGAGGUGCAGGAGGAACAGGGGUAGCUGGAGGAUCCGGAGGAGGGGAAAGGAUGGGUCUCACAAAAGAGGUUCUGUCGGCUCACACACAACAAGAGGAGCAGAACUUCAUGUGUCGCUUCAGAGACUUGAGCAAACUCAGAGUGUUAGACCCAACCUCAGCUGUGCGCCGACAAGAAACUGCACCUUUAGCAAGAGGUGUGCGCUGCUCUCGUGAUUAUCCAGCAGCAAGUAGUAGUGGGCGUAGACGUGGUCGAGGAGGCAAAAGACUGAAGCACCAGGAAACUUCAGAGCAGACAGGGUCUUGCAGCCCAGCUGGCCCCCUAAGAGGGGUUCCCACUCUGGGCAGGCCCUUUAAUCCCUCCAUACCCAUGGGUCCUGCAGCCAGCUCCUCUUCCUGGCCCACCUCAGGGUCACAAGCUAGUGUUCCCUCUCUCCCGUACCCAUCUGGCAUCCUUCCUUUAUAUCCCCUCUAUCCCCCUUUUUCCCAUUCCAUCUCGGAUCCCAGCAUACAAGCUGGGCUACGCUUCCCCCUUCAGAACUCACAGAUGGCACCUCCCAUGGUCCACCCGAUGAUGGCGUUGGUAUUACCCAACUACAUGUUCCCACAGCCCAACAUGGGCAUGCCUCAGCCCUUCUACAGCCCAAACCCAGCUUUCCCUUUCCCUGCUGUCAACCCAGCCUCCCUGGCGCCCUGUCAGGUCCCAACCCCUGUCCCACGCGCCCACUCUCGCUCCAGCACCCCUCAGUCUUACAGCCAAAGAGAGGCCCCUGAGAGAGAAGGAGCAGAGUCUCCGCUCUUUCAGUCCAGAUGCUCCUCACCCUUGAAUCUGCUGCAGCUGGAGGAGUCUCCAAGCAACCGGUUUGAGGUGGCAUCAGGGCAACAGACCACAUCUCCUAUGGUGGGACAAGGAGGUGGAGCAGGAGGACAGGCUUCCUCCAAUCAGAGAGGAUCAGGGGUGGACUCAAAAGAGAAAGAAAAUGGUGAAACAAAUGAGUCCAAUCAAGAUGCCAUGUCCACCUCCAGUGAUCUACUAGACCUGCUGUUACAGGAGGACUCUCGCUCGGGCACUGGCUCAGCCGCCUCAGGCUCUGGCUCAUCAGGCACAGGCUCCUCUGGGUCAGGCUCAGGGUCUUCUGGAUCAGGGUCCAAUGGCUGCAGCUCUUCAGGAAGUGGAACUAGAAGCAGUCAGAGCAGCCAUACAAGCAAGUACUUUGGCAGUGUGGACUCAUCAGAGAACAGCCACUCCCGCAAGCAGACAGCAGGGGGUGAUGGAGAAGAACAGUUCAUCAAAUGUGUCCUACAAGAUCCCAUCUGGCUUCUAAUGGCCAACACAGAUGAAAAGACUAUGAUGACCUACCAGCUGCCCAUCCGAGACAGAGAUUCUGUGUUGAAAGAGGACCGUGCUGCUCUGAGAGCCAUGCAGAAACAGCAGCCUCGCUUCACUGAGGAGCAGAAGAGCGAGCUGAGCCAGGUUCACCCUUGGAUCCGCACUGGACGCUUGCCUCGUGCUAUAAACAUUUCUGCAUGUGUGGGCUGUAGGUCCUCUCCUUCGGUCCCCUCUGCAGCACCCUUCGAUGUGGAGAUCCACGAGAUGGAGAUCUGCAGUGUUUUAGAGGUGACAGAAGAGGGCGCCACUGCUGAGAAACACACCCAAGCAGACACAGCAAUGGAGAAGAGCGAGCCUGAGGGAGAAGACGAGACUUGCAAAGACCGAGAGGUUGAGAACAAUGGGACUAUUACAUCAUCACAAAACAAUGACCAAGAAAUGAUGAUAGAAGACCAGGAAGUGACCUCACAGAUCGAGGAGGAAAUGGGUUCCUCACUUACACAGAUGACACACUAAAGACACAAUGAGUCAUUGAGAUUCUGAUGACAUCUUUUGUGUGCUCAUUAAAUUAUCCAAUUUAUUUAUUUCUAUAAAGAAAUGUUAAUUAGCCAGGAAGGCUGACAGAUGAUGAAUGUAAAGCAGAAAUGCUUUGUUGAAAGACUGUGAUUAUCAAAAAUUCUGGAUAUUUUGGUUAUUGCGAAGAAGUUAUGAUCUGUUAGCGGGAAAUAAAGGGUAUGUAGCUUUAGACCACUCUGGAUUUGACCUCGAGACGUCACCUGUUCAGUUCCAGUUCUAGUCACCUGCAGAAACCCAUUUUGUGGCAUGCUAAACAACUAUUUCAAAUGUUGUCAAAUGGGUUAAGAGCUCUUCACACCAAGGACAAUAACUAUAACCAUGACUGUAACUAUAAAGCUUUAAUCAUCUAAUUCUAUAAUAGGAUUUUUUUUUUACAGAUUAUCAAUCCAACUUUAAAAAACAGCAGCAAAUAACAGAACUGCAGCACACACUUAUAAAUAAACAACAUUAUCAUCCCUUGGUGUGGCCAUUAAUAUAGUUCUGGUUACAGUUAUCGUUAUUAGUAUGAACGGACCUUUAAACUCUGUGGUGUUAAGUUGAUUUUGGUGUUGUAAGAUGUGCACUGAGACAGGAGAACAGAUUCACUGCCUUUGAGGACAGUCUAACUGUUUCUCACCUUGUGCUUUUGGAUUUCCCAGAUGUUAUGGAAAUGUUAUAUUUUUUUACAGGUAUAUGCAAAGUGGGAAUUUUUGACCAAAUUUACACACACUUUUUUUUUUUUAAUCGUUCUGUAUAUUUUUUUAUACAUUAUUGGUGCAAAAUUGUUCAAUUGUUGAAGCUUUGAUGAAUUGUGUGAAAUGCACUGCAGCUCCACAGAGAGUCUCAUUGGUCUGUUACAGUUCACUUUCACCACUUAGAUGGCACUACAGUAACCAUGGCAACCGUGAACUUUCAAAGCUCAAGUCAUCUUCUUGAAGAGUAGCACUUAGCGAAGGGAAGCUCCAGAGGUCACGGCCAGAAAAGGCUGCCGCCUGUUACUGGACUAAAAGAGUGGAGGCUUUUAAUAGUCUACAUGUGAACUGUACCGUCAAAAGAAAGAGUUUAAAGGAUAGUUCUCCCAAAAAUAGUUGGUAAUGUAUCUUUUAUGUUCCACAGAAGAAGGAAAGUCAUACAUUUGAAAAAACAUGAUGGUGAACAAAUUCUGACAAUUUCUUAUUUUGGAUGAACUAACCUUUUAACGAAAGAGUGUUGGCAAUCAGUUGAAGGCAUUUUCCUCGUUUUACCUUUUCUCUGUCAGUUUCAGUCUUCAAGUUGUCCUGGAACAGUUUGUAAGUAUUUUGUGUAUUUCUUUAUAUAUGAAAAAGAAUAAAAAGAUUAUGGUUCA